AUGACCGCACUGGGUCCCGGGCAUUGGGAUCAACCCCCCCUCAAGAUGGAUACCACAGGAGCACCUGAAGACUCGGGCCUCGCCUUCUCAAACUUACCUGCGCCUCUUGGCCAAUAUCUGUUUGUCUCCGACAUUGGACAACCCAAUCUCGACGAGAAGCCCACCCUCCACACCGCAGAUACCAGUCUACCCGAGAGUGCUCACCAUCCCAGAUACCCCAGCGACACCUCUCCGAUGAUGCCCUUCUCCGGCGGCUCUUUGUACCCACCGCAAGCAUCCUUCACCGCUACCAACGCCGAUGACAUUAAGAUGCACGAUACGCUCGAUCCCACAACGAUAGCACCACUGCAGACCCGAUUCGAUGGUGACCCUAUCGCCUACGACUCCCACGAGUCCAACGUCAGCUUCUCAACAGAAGGGAGCGCAUACUCGGCCGCUUCCACGGCACCUUCGCAGUGGUCAUAUGCUAUGGAUCGGCAAGCAUACAUGGACAAAGGGCGGCGUGAGAGCGUCCAGAUUCAAGUCGAAUCGACCCCAGGCGCCACUGGCAGUCGACGCACGUCCGACAAGGCGGAACCUGGCUCUGCGCGAGCAGUAUACUUGGAGAAGAAUCGACAGGCCGCCAGUAAAUGCAGGACUAAGCAAAAGAGGCAACAGGAGGACCUCGUCGAGACAGCCCGAGAGGUGGAGCGCAAGAACAAGGUCCUGAAGUCCGAAGUUGAUUUCUUAAAGAGCGACCUGCGGGGUUUGAUGGAGCUAGUGGGGAAACAUAACGAAUGUCCAGAUGGCCGGCUUCGAAGAUACGUCCAGCUGGAAGCGGAUCGGUUGUCAGCUCGGGGCGAUCAGAGUCCAAUUGCUGAGCUUCUCUCGCCGAAAAGCAGCUUCAAUGGAGAUAGUGCCUCACCCGAGCAUCUCUAA